AUGGGGUCGCAACGCGGCGGCGUAGAUUCAUCAAUGGACGACGUCUGUGAAGGAAAGGAUUUCUCGUUCCCGCUGCAGGAGGAGAAAAUCCUGUCAUGGUGGGACGAUAUCAAGGCAUUUGAGACCCAGUUAGAGCGCACGAAGCAUUUCCCAGAGUACAUCUUUUAUGAUGGGCCACCCUUCGCCACCGGUCUCCCGCACUAUGGACAUAUUUUGGCUGGCACAAUCAAGGAUAUUGUGACCCGAUACCAGUCGAUGACCGGCCACCACGUGACCCGUAGGUUCGGGUGGGAUUGCCACGGGCUACCUGUCGAGCAUGAGAUCGAUCAGAAGCUGAAAAUUAAUAGUAGGGAGGAUGUGAUUAAAAUGGGAAUUGGGAAUUACAAUGAGGAGUGCCGAUCGAUUGUGACGAGGUACGUUCAGGAGUGGGAAAAGACUGUGAUUAGGAUGGGGAGAUGGAUUGAUUUUAAGAACGAUUACAAGACUAUGGACUUGAAUUUCAUGGAGUCGGUUUGGUGGGUGUUUUCCCAGCUGUUCCAGAAGGAUCUCGUCUAUCGGGGUUUUAAGGUCAUGCCAUACAGUACAGGUUGCAAAACUCCAUUAUCCAAUUUUGAAGCCAAUUCUAACUAUAAGGAAGUACCUGACCCAGAAAUCAUGAUAACUUUCCCCAUAGUUGAUGAUCCAGAUGGUGCAUGUCUUGUGGCAUGGACCACAACACCUUGGACAUUGCCUAGCAAUCUUGCACUUUGUGUCAAUGCCAACUUUAUUUAUUUGAAGGUCCGCAACAAAGUCAAUGGGAAAGUUUAUGUGGUUGCAGAAUCGCGUUUCACUGAGCUUCCUAUUGAAAAGCCGAAGAAAGGAACUGUUGAUAAUUCUGAAAAUCCAAAUUCAAAGGCCAAGGGUGCUAAAGUAAAGCAUAUUGAUUUCUACGAAAUAUUGGAUAAGUGCAUUGGUUUCUCACUCGUGGGCAAGAAGUAUGUGCCGUUGUUUGAUUAUUUCAAGGAGUUCUCCGAUGUGGCAUUCAGAGUUAUUUCAGAUAACUACGUAACUGACGAUAGUGGAACUGGAAUUGUUCACUGUGCUCCUGCUUUUGGGGAAGAUGAUUACCGUGUUUGUAUGGAGCAUAACAUAAUUAGCAAGGGGGAGAACCUGAUCGUGGCAGUGGAUGAUGAUGGAUGUUUCACUGAGAAAAUUGUUGACUUCAGCAAGCGCUACGUCAAGGAUGCGGAUAAAGAUAUCAUUCAAGCAGUAAAGGAGAAAGGCAGGCUUGUCAAAUCUGGAAGCUUUACUCAUAAUUAUCCUUUUUGUUGGAGAUCUGACACUCCCCUUAUCUACAGGGCAGUUCCUAGUUGGUUUGUUGCAGUUGAAAAGAUUAAGGAUCAGUUGCUAGAAAACAACAAACUAACAUACUGGGUGCCAGAAUUUGUGAAGGAAAAGCGCUUCCAUAAUUGGCUAGAAAAUGCGAGAGACUGGGCUGUUAGUCGAAGUAGGUUUUGGGGUACUCCACUUCCUAUAUGGAUUAGUGAGGAUGGUGAGGAAAUUGUGGUUAUGGACUCCAUUGAUAAACUGGAAAAACUUUCUGGUGCCAAGGUGACUGACUUGCAUCGUCAUAACAUUGAUCAUAUCACAAUCCCUUCAAAUCGUGGCUCUGAAUUUGGAGUUCUUCGACGCGUGGAGGACGUCUUUGAUUGCUGGUUUGAGAGCGGCUCCAUGCCUUAUGCUUACAUCCACUAUCCAUUUGAGAAUGUUGAUCUUUUUGAGAACAAUUUUCCUGGACAUUUUGUGGCUGAGGGUCUAGAUCAAACUCGCGGAUGGUUCUACACUCUCAUGGUCCUGUCAACUGCACUUUUUGGAAAACCUGCUUUUAGAAAUCUCAUCUGCAAUGGGCUUGUCCUGGCUGAGGAUGGGAAGAAGAUGAGUAAGAGAUUGAAGAACUAUCCUCCACCCUCUGAGGUAAUAAACGAUUACGGGGCUGAUGCAUUAAGAUUGUACAUCAUAAAUUCGCCCGUUGUUCGUGCAGAACCUUUACGUUUUAAGAAGGAUGGAGUAUAUGGCGUUGUAAAAGAUGUUUUUUUGCCAUGGUAUAAUGCCUAUAGGUUCCUUGUCCAAAAUGCUAAAAGACUUGAAAUUGAUGGACUCGCACCAUUUACCCCCAUUGAUCAUAACAUUCUUCAAAAGUCCUCAAAUGUCCUUGACCAGUGGAUAAACGCUGCAACUCAGAGUUUGGUUCAUUUUGUGCGGCAAGAAAUGGAUGCUUAUAGGCUGUACACAGUGGUUCCUUAUCUCCUCAAAUUUCUGGACAACUUGACAAAUAUAUACGUGCGAUUUAAUCGCAAAAGACUUAAAGGCCGGACUGGAGAAGAGGAUUGCAGAACUGCUCUUUCGACUCUUUAUCACGUGCUUCUGACAGCAUGUAAAGCAAUGGCUCCAUUCACACCGUUCUUCACAGAAGUUCUCUAUCAGAACCUAAGGAAAGUUGGGAGUGGAACAGAAGAGAGCAUUCACUUUUGCAGUUUCCCAGAAGUAGAAGCGAAGGAAGUUAACAGUAUUGAACAGAGUGUCACUCGGAUGAUGACAAUCAUCGAUCUUGCACGGAACAUUCGUGAGCGACAUAACAAACCUCUGAAAACACCUCUCAAGGAGAUGGUAGUUGUACAUCCCGAUGUGGUGUUCCUCGAUGACAUUGCUGGUAAACUAAGAGAUUAUGUGCUCGAGGAGCUUAAUGUGAAGUCUUUGGUUCCGUGCAAUGAUACACUGAAGUAUGCAUCCUUGCGAGCAGAACCUGAUUUUAGCGUUUUAGGAAAACGCCUGGGAAAAUCAAUGGGAGUCGUCGCGAAGGAGGUGAAGGCCAUGUCAACAGAAGAUAUCUUAGCUUUUGAAAAAGCUGGAGAAGUUACUAUUGCAACGCAUGUUUUGAAGCUUAGUGAUCUUAAGAUAAUUCGGGGUUUCAGACGUCCUGAUAAUGUGACAGAAGAAGAAAUGGAUGCUGCUGGAGAUGGUGAUGUCUUGGUGAUAUUGGAUUUGCAUGGGGAUGAGUCAUUGUUUGAGGCUGGAAUUGCUCGUGAGGUUGUUAAUAGAGUUCAGAAGUUGCGUAAGAAAGCAGCGCUUGAGCCUACUGACAUGGUGGAGGUCUAUUUUAAAUCUUUAGAUGAAAACAAAUCAAAACUUCAAGAAAUUUUGGAAUCACAGGAACUAUAUGUCAGGGAUGUUCUUGGGUCUUCGUUACUUCCCUCUUCUUUGAUGCCUCCACAUGCUGUGAUUCUUGACGAAGAGAGUUUUCGUGGGAUAUCAAAUCUCUCUUUCACCAUCACUUUGGCAAGACCUGCUCUAGUAUUCAACUCGGAUGCCAUUGUUGAGUUGUAUGCAGGCAAUACCAAGUUCACACAUGGGUUAAAAUCUUAUUUGUUGUCAAGGGACCACCAUAAUUUGAAGUUAGAAUUUCAGCAAGGAAAGGGUAAGAUCACAGUAAAGUGCAUUGAAAAUCAACCUGCAGUGGAUGUCGUAUUGAACAAACAUGUGUUCUUGAGUGUUGGCGAUUAUUUCUUGAGCUCAUGGACCAAGUAA